UUGUGAUGAGCAGUGGAAUCUGUUGAAACAAGAAAGGCGUACAAAUACGAUACACAUUGAUAAUCUAAGACAGCAUUGCACUUUCGGUUGUCAGCUAAACACGCGUAUAUGGAGAAAACAUGUUAAAUGUAAUGCUGAAACGUACACGUUAGACGGAUUGAACCGAUAUAGCGCUUUUUUAAUAAGGCAAUCUGAAAAGCCCACUUGCUAACUAAGAAACAUUCGGGAGCCACAGCUUACGCUUAUAGCUAACGAACAGGACACUUCAGAGCGCAUCGACCCUGAACUUGUGGCAGACCUGAUGGAAAGACGCUUGGCGUUGCUUGGCAACAGCCCGCUAUCCCUGACCUCUUUUUCAAACGCCAAGAAAACGUGAGGCAAUAGAAAGUCGCUAACCCCGCGUUUACACUGGCACAGCUCGUCUUUCACAGGACCGCAUGGGAAAAGCACUGGCCGUGAGUUUUCACACUACCUUCAGGAUAUGCAUUAAAGGAGUCCGACCAACGUGAGGCAGGACAUGUCAGAAAGCUCCUCGGGCGUUGUUAGGAGCAAUGACAGUUUUCCCAAAUCUUACUCAUCAAACUGCUCAGACUUAAGUGGCACCAGUAGCUUAUUACUUUUAGCUGCAAGUAGCAGAGAGGCAGAGGAAAGUCCUGAUUCUGGCAUUGCUUCACCAUUGCCUUCUCAGCGAUAUCGAUUCUUAGUGUGGCAUCACUUGGAAACAAAUGCUAUCAAUGGAUCUCAACUCAGCAGCCCAAGAAUCCGUGAAGGGCCUCCAGAAUCAGAAUGCUUCUUGAGAAGAGAAGAGAACUAUAUCAGAGGAAAAACAAGAACAGAAGCAAAGGAAAAAUGGGAAGAAUGGCUAACCGAAAACUGGGAAAAUUGUGUGGAUUUGAACUUAUCAUAUCAAGACCUUGGAGAUCCUUACCAGGUGGAAAAUUUCUACAAAAUCCUUAAACGUUUGAUACGAGUGGAACGACUUCAGUUGGUGGACAAUUCUUUAAAGGAUUUGAGUCCAGUUAGACUGCCAAGAUGCAAGAGACUUAAUCUGAAUAAAAACUUCUUAACAUCGAUCAAGCAACUGCCAAAGAUCCCACAAAUACAGCACUUAUCAUUGGCUGAAAAUAAUAUCAACACUUUAUGCGAUUUAUCAGAACUACGGAAAACGCCACUGGAGUCACUGACGCUGAAAAGGAAUCCCUGUGAAUUUCAGGAGGACUAUAGGUCAAGAGUGUUUUCAAGUUUGCCAAAACUCAAACUCCUGGAUGGAAUUCCAAAGCUUCCAGCAGACUGUGUACAUCUGGAGUCAACAUUCACUUCCAGAAUGUGUGCUAUAUUGUGAAACAUUGUGCUUACAACUGGUGAUGAGAAGAAGUGUGGCUGUAUGAGUGGGUGAGCCCAGUGCUGGACCAGUGUCUCAUCCACAUGGAUUUCUACUUUGUACCCAGUACUUGCCAAUAUUGGCUCAGGCUCCCUGCGAAUCCCAUGAAGGAAAAAGACAGAUUCAGAAAAUGGUGAGUGGCUGUAUAUAUGUAUAUUAACAGGUACGCAUUGGUUUUUCAUUUGAUGACCAAAUUACAAAAAAAGAAUUUGAGUGAUAAGUAAAAUAAGUGGCAGACUUUAUUUCAUUAUUCUCUGUAGAGGGAAACAUGAUUUGGAUCACAAAAGGAAUAUGAUCAUAAUUGUUAUAUUUAAUUAUAUAAUAGUAUGAUUACAUCAUGUUAAAUUAUGUUUAAAUGAUGCAUGGGUGUACUUUGGCUGUGGAUUGGGGAUCCACACAGGUAUUCUGGGACCAUCAGAGUUCAGCGAUGUGUGAACAGCAUUGCAGUGAAUAAAAGAAAGUGUAAAACAAAAUUGUCACUGUGUACUUGCAAGCAACCGUAAUUUGUAAUGUCCAGUGACUUUUGCACAAGAUCUUUUUUGUGAACUGCUGUCAUAUAGUGCCAAAUAUCAUGCAUUUGUAAUUGUUAGCUUUCACUGAAAAAAAAACAUUACUAAUAAUGAUAAAAAAAAAUAGCUUGGGGAAAAGAACUUGCUGUUGUUCCUCUCAUGUGAUUUUUUUAGAGUAUGAACUUGGUACAAUUUUUUUCUUAGUAUAGAAUAUGCAAUGACAAAAUAAAAACUAAAAAAUGUGAACUUUUUUCUUUU